AGGAUGACUGCUAUCUUCUUGAUGUCCAUGCUUUUUGGCCUUGCAUGUGGGCAAGCCAUGUCUUUUUGUAUUCCAACUGAGUAUAUGAUGCAUGUCGAAAGGAAAGAGUGUGCUUACUGCCUAACCAUCAACACUACCAUCUGUGCUGGAUAUUGUAUGACACGGGAUUUCAAUGGCAAGCUGUUUCUUCCAAAAUAUGCUCUGUCUCAGGAUGUUUGUACAUAUAGAGACUUCAUGUACAAGACUGUAGAAAUACCAGGAUGCCCACACCAUGUUACUCCUUAUUUCUCCUACCCUGUAGCUAUAAGCUGUAAGUGUGGCAAGUGUAAUACUGACUAUAGUGACUGUAUACAUGAGGCCAUUAAGACAAACUACUGUACUAAACCUCAGAAGUCCUAUGUGUCGGAAUUUUCUAUCUAACUUCAAGAGCAAUGUAAUUUUCAUUCAGUUUAAUGUGUUUACCUGGAAUAAAACUAAUAAAAUAUCAAUAUAUUUC